CGCUUUCUCGUCGAGAAUUGCUCUCUAGGGUUUCGACCUUCCUUUGAUUCCUCGGGAUUCGAUCCCCUUCCCUGAUUUCGCCUCGAUUCUCUCCAUUGCGGGGGGUCCCACUCCCACAUCACCCUUUCUGAUCUCGGCUUUGUCUCGGGAGAAAAAAGGUCGCUUCUUUCCUGAUUUCACGAGCUUUUAAGUUCGAUUUGAGUGUAGCUCUUUCGAUCUUAUCUCUCUCUGUGUUGGAAGUUUCCUUAAGUCAUUGAUAGCUUCCUUUUGCUUUUAUCACUGAUUCGUUUGUUUGUGUAGGAGAAAAGACUGAUCCUUUUUUAAAUUCUUAUAUAUGUAAGUGAACUUGUGAUGUGUGGUUGCUAUCUCUCUUUCGAUGAGGAAGAAGCGGAAAGGCAGUAGCGAAGCUCAUGGAGAAGGUUCGGAGGGUUUAUCAUUUGCAACACGAUCGUCCAACUUCAGGUCCCACUUCUCACUUGAAGGCUACGCUAGACUCAAGAAGCGCUGCAAGGAGAAUGAGGACGUCUCUGCUGGCUCCUUCAAGAGACGUCUAGCCGGCGUCGCUACUGCGCCUCCCUGCGGAGCCUCGUCUCUGGUUUCCUCGGGGAGAGGUUUGAAGAGGAAGAUCGGGUGUAUAGACGUUUCCACUCAGACCGGUAGGAAGAACAAGAUCGACGAUGAUUAUGUUUUCGGUCCUAACAUCGGGAAAGGCAAGUUCGGGUCGGUUAGGAUCUGUAGGUCGAAGAGUAAAGGGAUUGACUUUGCUUGCAAAACUCUCAAAAAGGGGGAGGAGACUGUUCAUAGGGAGGUUGAGAUUAUGCAGCAUUUGUCUGGUUAUCCCCGGGUUGUCACGCUGCACGCCGUGUACGAGGAGUCUGAUUGUUUCCAUCUCGUGAUGGAGCUGUGUUCCGGGGGACGUUUGAUUGAUCAGAUGGAUAAGGAAGGUAGGUACUCUGAGCAGCGAGCUGCUAAUAUAUUCAAGGACCUCAUGCUGGUUAUCAGUUAUUGUCACGAGAUGGGAGUUGUGCAUAGAGAUAUCAAGCCUGAGAACAUUCUACUAACAUCUGCUGGGAAGAUUCAGCUCGCUGAUUUUGGCCUCGCCAUGAGAAUUGCAAAAGGUCAAACAUUGUCUGGAUUGGCAGGGAGUCCUGCUUAUGUAGCACCUGAAGUUCUCUCUGAAAGUUAUUCAGAGAAAGUUGACGUUUGGAGUGCGGGAGUCCUCUUAUACGCUCUCUUGUCUGGUGUGCUCCCGUUUAAGGGAGACUCUUUGGAUGCCAUUUUCGAAGCAAUCAAGAAAGUGAAGCUCGAUUUCAACUCGGGAGUGUGGGAGUCCGUCUCCAAACCAGCUCGUGAUCUAUUGGCGAGAAUGCUAACAAGGGACGAAUCUGCUAGAAUCACAGCAGAUGAAGUGCGAAGGCAUCCAUGGAUACUCUUUUACACAGACCGGACACUCAAGACAAUGAGUAUUAAAUCGAAGCACAAGGGUCUAGGAGGAACUUCUCCUCCCUGCCUUCUUCAGCUUCGCAAUCCGAUAAAGAAUACUGACGUAAACAGAGGAAACAGAGAGAAGAAGACAACACAUGAUGAUGAUUCACCACCGACUGAUUCAUUCUCCAACACAGAGGAGGAGGAGGAAGAAGAUGAAAGCGGUGUGGUCGAUGUGCUUGUGGUUGCAAUCUCCAACGUGAGGAUCUCAGAACCAAAGAGAAGCAGACUCUGUAGUCCCACCACCAACAGCCCUAUUGAGCAGCAACACUCUUCUAACUUGACCACGACUAAUACACUCUGUCGAGCCUUCUGACGCUAAACCAGCUUCACACACUCACUCGUCCAAGUCUCUUUAAGUCACACGGGUUUGUCCCUGAUAUAUGAUGAUCUUAGUUACUGUCAUAAAAUCAUCGUAAUAGCUCCUCUCUCUAAUAGCUGGAUUUGAUCUGAUUCUGUUUUUUUCCUUCUACAUUUCUGACUUUGCUGUAGAUAUGUAUCUUCCAUGUAAAUAGAAUACGCUACAAGUGUUUGAUC